AUGUCCAGUGAAAAACCUUCUCCAAAUCAUAUCUUGAUCUGUUGUAUACAACUUGAUUCAGCGUGCUUAGACAAGAAUCAUGUGAUUGAGGUGGGGGUUCGCUUCUUCGUUCACAAGGUUGAAAAAAGAGCCAAGUUUGUUGUCUUGGCUUUUUCUGAGUAUUAGGGGCUGUCUAGUUUUCCCCCUUUUUCUAGAACCAACAUAUAUUUGAAACAUACCUAGUUUCGAUUUGUCAAGCAAGAUUAUAGUAUGAUCACUAUGAUGAUGAUGAUGAUGAUAACUCGUGAUGAUGUACUAUCAGAAUUAUUCUUCAUUAAUAUUAUAACAUUAUCAAUGAUCAUAUGAAAGCCGAAUACCAUUCAAAAUAUUUCCAAGUUUAAAACAUCCUUUGCUUUCUGUAAAGUUCCCUCCUCCAAUUCGCCUGUUUCUCGACAGUUUCAGGAUAAGAAGGGAUGUUUAUUCUAGUAUAGAUAUACUUCAUAAGCAGUUGUCAUCCGUUGACUGGUAUUUUUGUCUGUUCUUGUUAAUAUGUUUUUGAGGCAUUAGUUGGCUCUUUUUCUACUUCGUAUAACUUGUGAAACCUUUUCCCACUUCUCCAGCUCUUCGAAAACUUCUUUGCGUGAAGUGUGCACGUCCCCAUUUCUGUCGAUAUCAUUACGAUCGACGUCAAUCCUAUCGAUACCGGCAAAUAUCUUCCUAAUUUGGUCAACGCCAGCUGGUUAUGAAGAAAUUGCAGGGGGAUUUAAGCCAAACAGAAACGGAGAAACAUUUCAAAUGAAUAAUAAUUAUUUUUAUGAUUGUGAUUAUGAUGAUAAUUAUCAUAAUAGUUUUGACUUUGAUAAUAAUCAUAAUAAUGAAGUUGAAUGACUGAUUGAUUGAUUGAUAGAUUAAACGACUGAGUGAUUGAUUACUGAUUGAUUGAUUGAUUUAUUGAUUGAUUGAUUGAUUGAUUGAUUGAUUGACUGAUUGAACGACUGAGUGAUUGAUUACUGACUGGUUGAUUGAUUGAUUGAUUGAUUGAUUGACUGAUUGAAAGACUGAGUGAUUGAUUACUGACUGGUUGAUUGAUUGAUUGAUUGAUUGAUUGAUUGAUUGACUGACUGACUGAUUGAUAGAUAAAUUAACAAGAUACUGACAAAUGCAUCUAUAUACAUAUUCAGGUAAAAAUGGGUACAGGCUCAGUCAUUCUCCUAACUCUAAUGCUUGUAGUAGUGGUAACAACAAGCGAGCCUGAGUCAGUAGAAAGCACAAAAGAAGAAUCUUGUAUAUCAUGGAGCUGCGCUAGAAAGCGAGUCCUUCAACUCAGCAAAGAGGAAAGCUCACGAGAAAAGGAAGACCGGUCUUUAGAUUCUGAUAAGUCCUGCAUCAGCUGGAGUUGUAGGCGAGAAAUGAUGCUUCGAAACAGGUUCCUAGAUGCACAAAGGGCGGCAGCCCAUGCUGAACCAGCAGUAAAAAAGUCUAGUGAAGUCGACGCAGACGAAACACCGUGCAUUUCAGGACCGUGCGGACGCAAAAAACGAGAGGCCCAACGUUUAUCCAAACUACAGCCACAAGUUGUUAAAGACCCGGCGUGUCUCACAAAAGACUGUCGAACUGGGAAGCGAUCGCUCAAGAAACGUAGCGACAAAGAAAAUACCGCUCUUAUGGAAAAACUCCGGUUCGUUGCCAGCUCUAAGGAAAAGCUUGACGACCCUGGCUGUAUAGCAUGGCAUUGUAACGCUGGGAAACGACGAUAACUUGUGGCAGCAGUUGAAUGACAGGUACUUUAAGAACACAUCAUUAUUAUUUUUAUUAUUAUUAUUAACACGUUAUUUUCUGUCAUUGUCACACGACUCAAAGGAGACGUAAGACGUCGGACGUAAGCAGACGUAAUUUUACCCCGCUAAGUAACGUCAGCGAAGCAGCUCCCGUAUCCUCGUUCUGGGCCCCAAGCGGGCUCACCGGAAUGCAUUUCAAAUUUUCCUUCAACCUGAUUGGCAAAUCGACAAUGGCAUUUUUGACAGACCAAUCAUGGCGCGCACUCAAAUCCGGGUACACAGCUGGGGCCCAGAACAAGGCAGACAAACUUAACCAGAAGUUUAGUUCCGUCUGUGUCGCAGGCUACCUAUUUUGUCGCCUACGGAAGACGGUCUGUUUAUGCAUACGUCCUCAUGCGCACUAGUUUAAACCAUGCCCUUGGGGGACAUCGACGGUUCCACUUCAUCUCACCACCCCAUCCCCCUUACCUAUGUAUUUGGUAUGAAAAAGUCAUUGAACUGCCCGCCGCUAACAGACAACGAUAUUUUGCUAGGACCUGUUCACUAACUGUUUAAUACUUUUUUAUUUAUUUCUUUUUUCAGAACCAAGAUCAAUCUUGAUUUCCUGUUGUUAUUAUGCUUCUCCAGGAAUGUUAACUUUUGGUUUUCGGAAAUGCAGUUUGAAGAACUAAUGUUAAACGACGUGUGAUGCACCAAACGAUUUCUACAAAAUGUUGUUCAAGACACUCGGUUUAAUUUCAUUCUAAAAUGCAGCUAAAAUAGGUAAGGACGAUAGACCUGAAGGAAAUACAUUGUAUCACAAGGAAAAAUAACACUUAGGAAACUGAAUGUUAAGAGUUUUAAGUUAUUUUACCGCAGAGCACGUAAGGU